AUGGCGACUCCAAGACACAACCGCGGUCGACCUCCCAAGCGGAUGUCAACAAACAUGGAGGAUCAAGAUUUCAUGACACAUACUAUUUCAACAGCGUCAGAGAUACAGCCUACAACACCUCGAUAUACCGCACUAGGGACCCCCUCCAUUCUCCGCUCAGCAACCCGACGAACUCCUCGCGCCGGUCCUUUGACACCAUUUGGCCUUCGCGCAAUACAGCGUCGUGUAAAUACGCCCGGAAGAGACAGGCGACGGAGCACACGUGGCCCACAACAAGAAACAGCCUUUGACAUCUUGCGAAAUCUUGGCAGAACAUUGGCCCCCAUUUCCAAACCUAUACAGUCGUCUCCACAAGAAGAACGAAGCCCAAGUCCGGAGGAUUCAUCAUCAGAGGAAGAAGAUGAGACAUUGGUUCUUGACAAUGAGCCCUUGCCGGAGCGUCCGCGUCUGUCUCUGCCAAUUGAUGUCGAUAGCGGGACAAGUGAAAAUGGCAGUCCAGAUCUCCCUCCGCCACGGCUAUCCUUGCAGUUCGAUGAAGACGACAUUACGCAACGGUCCGUGGAAUACCCACGAAGAGCCAUCAGCGAACAGGAUCGGCAACGGUUGGAGAGAAUGAGCUUCGGAGACGUAAGAUUGAGUGAAAACUUUGGCGACCUUACGCGGCUAGAUGCUUUCUCAGAACACGGUGACACCACGAUGUUUCCUCAGGAUGACGAUGGGGGGGGCAUUGAGCAGUCGCAGCUGGAUGAGGCAGCAUUCGACGCUGGCGGUGAAACUGCGGAUCUAGGGCGAUUCAAUCUGGAUUUCAAUUUCCCAAGUCCCGUUGCUCCAGCAGCGGGACUUGACCCUCUGCGAAACGAGGAAGAGGAUUUUAUGCUGCAGACUGAACAAGCCGAUGAUAUUCCAUAUCCGUCUUCCGAUGACGCAGGAGCAGGAGAUUUCGGAGGCUUUGAGGUGAAUAUGGCAGAUCAAGUAUCCGACGCCGGUACUACAGGUACUGCCGAAGCUGGAGCUGAACUUGUCGGAGGCGGUCUCAGAGACGAGCCACGUACAAAGAGUCGAAAAGAAAAGAAGCUAUCCCGUCAUGGAAUUCCCGUCCCUACGCUACCCACGGGCGUGGUCAAAAGACUGGCCACGCGUUUCGCCCGUGUGGGAGCAGGUGCAAAAUCCAAAAUCAACAAAGAAACCCUCACUGCCAUUGAACAGGCUUCCGAAUGGUUUUUUGAACAAGCCAGUGAGGAUCUUGCCACGUAUGCGAAACAUGCAAAUCGGAAGACUAUUGACGAGAGCGAUUACAAAUACGGUAUUUUCGUUGGCCCAGAAACACUUGCCAAAGGAGCUGUUACAAGAUAUACGACUGUCAUUACCGCCCUAGCCGACCAGCCACUGCUCAUCUUUGCUGUUGGUAACAAUAAUCAUUAG